UUCUCCUCCAUUAAUAAAAAUCAAUAUAAUUGCAAAAAAAACUGGGGUUAUGAAAGACAAUGGUAUGCCAUUGCAAGAUUAAGUAAAAAUUCUUUUAUUUUUGUUGAAGAUCAAGGGUAAAAGAGACUCUGUAUCAAAAGAUUUUGACAGUUCAUCUGGUGAAUAAUUUGUUGGUUAGUUAAAUAAAUCCAACAGAAUUGUUUUGAGCAGAAAAUUUAAGUUACACGAUUGAUCUGCUUUUUACAACCUUUUGAAAUAGACCAAAUAACAAUUAUGACAGAAAAAAUUAAAUCACUUUUUCACAAGGCAAAAUUGGAUGUGAAAUUUAUGAAUGCUGGAAAAGGACACAAAUUGACAGAAUCAACUAGCAAUGAUGGAUCUACUUCUGUAGUAGAGCCAAGAAAAAGAGUGGAACCUACAAAAGAAGCUAAAGUAGCUGGUCAAGCAGCUUUGGCAAGACUGGAAGCAAAAGAAUCUAACACAAAAAGAUUUAACACAUCAUAUGCAGCUAUUAAAGCACAAGUGAAACGAGAAUUAGAACAAAAAAGAAAAGCACAACAAAAUGUAGAGAAAGAUUAUGUGCAAUCAGAAGAAAAAGCUGAAAAUUCAGUUAAGGAUAAUUCUUUGUUAGCUGUUACCAAUGUAUACUAUCGUUGUUCAUAUUUAUCUGAUGAAAUAUUAUCACAAGAUGAAUGGAAAGUAAAAAUAAAAGAAUUUUUAUAUGAACAAUUGAAAGGAGAAGAUAUGGGUUUAAUAUCAUGUUUAAUUAUACAAAAUUGCAAUAGUAAAAAGAAUAGAAUUGAUGCUUGUGUUGAAACACUUGGAAAAUAUCUAGAAAAUAUUAUAAAUAAUCCAGAGGAAGAAAAGUAUCAGAAGAUUAGGAUGCAAAAUAGAAUAUUUCAAGAUAAAGUGGCCCCUAUUGAAGGUGCAUUAGAGUUUUUAAAUGCUGCUGGUUUUCAUCAGAAGAAGUUAUUGAAUAAUGAUAAGGAGGAUGAUUUCUUAAUUCGUAAUGCAGAUAAUUGUGAUAUUGAAAACAUUACCAUGUUAUUGGAAGCAUUGAAAACUGCACAGCCCAUUCCACUGGAACUAGACAGAAAUCUUCAAGUAUUGUUACCUAUGCAAGCAAACAAGAGAACUGAAUUGCCAUCGAGCUUUUUCAAUUUAACUGCUGAAGAUAUAGAGAAAGAACAACAACUUCGAACUGAAGCAGUUGAAAGAGAUCAGAUGUUAAGAACAAAAGCCAUGAGAGAAAGAGACGAAAAACAGAGACUCAGAAAAUAUAAAUUUUCAUUGAUCCGUAUAAAAUUUCCAGAUAAUCUUAUUUUACAAGGAACAUUUUCUAUACAUGAAAGUUUUCAAAAUGUUGUUAAUUUUGUUAGUGAGAAUUUGAUAAAUAAUGAGAGACCUUUCAGCUUAAAAAAGCUUCCUCAAACAACAUUUAGUGAAGAUUCUUUUGAUAAAACAUUACUUGAAUUAGAAUUAUUCCCUGCUGUAAUAUUGAUGUUUUCCUGGAAAAGUAAAUCAGAAGAAACAAGUCACAACGAAUCUGUAGGAUACUUAAAGGAACAGUUACUUUCUAUCAUACAACCUGCUUAAAUUUGUAUUAUCUAAUCUUUAAAAAUUGUAAUUAUAAAUACUGAAAAAGAUAAAUAUAAGUAUCAUUAUGCGG